AUGACCCCCGUUUCCGCUGAGCCAAUAUUCAAACCGUCACCAACACCCAUCACCAUCAUCACCAUCAUCACCAUCAUCACCAUCACCACCACCACCACCACCACCGCAUUCGCAAGACUCGCCUCAACCAUGGAAGACAUCGCCAUGAGCGAUGCGAUGCCAGACUGGCCGACAGAAGCCGCAAGUACCCCAGAUAUCGACAUGCUCGUAGAUGCACCCAGUAUGCCAACACUCGACGAGCUUCGCCAGUAUAUCGGACCAAACGGCCGCCAGAUCAAGAAGAUAUGGGCGCGCUACGAGCCAACCGUCACCAAAGCUCGUCAUGCAGAGUUCGAGCAGAUGCUACUGGCCAUCGCCGAGCCCGCAUCACGAGAUGGCGUUGGACUGUUCCGUCUUAAGCCGGAAGAGCUUGUGCACCUGGAGGCAGCAUUCAAUGAAAACUCGUCGACCUCUGGCGCUCCGAGUACUACCGUUGCUCAUGGUCCACAGGCGAAUGCAACUGCCGUAUCUGUCAAUGUCGAGACUUCAUCUGCUCAGUUUCCUACUCGCGAUGCAGUUUGCACCUACAUCUGGUCGCAGCCUGGCGGCAGAGUUCACAAGAAGGACCUCUUGAGACACUAUCGGGACGCGAUUGUUGCACGCCAUGGCGAGUUCGUUAAGAUGGUAGCCGAGGUGGCGCAGAAAGAUAGGGACGGAUACCUGAAGCUGAAGUGA